AUGGCACAUCGCUACUAUUUGGAAGCAUUUGAUCGGACGGUGAGAGAUAUCACAAGGAUUGCUGAACCAUUUGGUGGAAAGAUUUUAAUCAUGGAGGUGAUUUCCUCUAGGUCACAUUUGUGGAAAAAUGUACAUGUUUUGCAUCUGAAGAAGAAUAAGCGUGCAUCCGAGGAUGUAUCUUAUUCUGAGUUUUUGGUUCGUGUUGGUGACGGGGAUGAACCUUGCGUUGCUAAUGAGAUGAUAAAGGUUCCAGAAAAGAUGGUCAUACCAUGGGUUGGUUAUGCUUCUUUGUCUCAGCUUAUAGAUGUAACAUUUCCAAACUUGGUGGAAAAUGCCAGAGAUAGAGACUACAUGGUCAAUAUGGCAUUGAUCACACCAUUGAACGAGUACGUCGAGAAGCUUAAUGACCAAGUACUUAACAUAUUUCUUGGAAAAUAG